UACCCAGAAGCAAGAGCAGGAGCGAGAGUUCCAGCCUCCCUGACCAUGAGCCCUGCCUUGCAGCUGGCUGUCCUGGGCACGGCCCUCAUGCUGCCCCGAGUGCAGGCCCUGAUCUGUCAAUGGGGGACGCAUGAGUCUGUGAGGAGCAUAUCGGAACUGCCCCUUAAGUGGACAUCUGGCAAGCAGUUAUGUGAGGAUGGCUGGGGUUGCCAGGACACGCUGAUCCUCAUCAAGAACGGACCCCAAGUGAAUGUGGUGAUCUCCAAGGGCUGCACCCCAGCAACAGAUCAGGAUGUCCUCAUCAGGGAGCACAAUGCAGGCCCUGGCCUCUCUAUCCUCUCUUACACCCAUGUGUGCCGGGAGAAAGACAACUGCAACAGCCUGUCCACCAGCCUCCCACUCUGGGCCCUGCCGUCCACCACAGACCCAGGCUCCCUGCGGUGUCCAGUCUGCUUGUCUACAGAAGACUGUGAGUCUGCCACAGAGCUGAUGUGCCCGGCCGGGAGCACACAUUGCUACCAGGGGGAAAUCCAGCUCAGGGGAGGGAAUAUCUCCAGCAUUCUGAGAGUCCAAGGAUGCACAGCCCAAGCAGGCUGCAACCUGCUCAAUGGGACUCAGAAAAUCGGGCCCAUCGAAAUGAGUGAGGACUGCAGCCCUAGAGUAUCAAUGAACAGUUUUCUGAGCUGUCAACGGGGGGUCACACUGUACAGCGAUCAAACCAUGUCUCAGAUACCCCGCAAGUGGAACACAGAUCACUAUGAGUUCUGUAACGUUGGGGAGGUGUGUCAGGAGACCCUUCUGCUCGUUGAUGUAGGACAAAAAUCAGUCAUAGUGGGAAGCAAAGGCUGCAGCAGCAAGGCGAAGACGCAGGAUGCCCUGACCAUCACCGUACACUCGGGGCCCCCUGGAGUGCUGGUGGCCUCCUAUGCCCAUUUCUGCUCCUCCAACAGGUGCAACAGGGCCAGCAAUACCGACGUCCUGUUAAAGUCUCUCCCUCUUCUGGCUGCUCCUGCCCCAGGAAACUUGCAGUGUCCUGUCUGUGUGAGUCUCUUUGGAUCCUGCCCAGAAAACCCAGAACAUAUUACGUGCCCCACUGGCACCACUCAUUGUUACAGUGGUUACAUUAAGAUCCAGGAAGGUGGGGUCUACUCCAACUUGUAUAUUCAGGGCUGUGUGACCCAAGCUUCCAGCUCCUUGCUGAACCAUAAACGGAAAAUCGGGGUCUUCUCGGUGACUGAGAACUCUGAGGAAGAGCCGGUGACUGAGAAUAAGAACCUUGUUCUCCAAGCUGGAGCGGCCCCUGUGCCCUUACUGGCUUGGGUGGUGGGGCUUGGGCUAUCCCUAGCCCUCUGGUGUGAAAUACCUCACUGCUGACCCCAUUUCCCUAUGAUUCUUAGCUCCUUGCUGAUGCCCUACCCAGCCUUUCUUCUGACCUCAUAAUCCAAACAGCUUUGGCCACUAAAUCAUUUCCUUGCCCUCUCUGAGAAUCAUCAUCUGCAGGCACAGCCAUAUACUUCAAUGUCCUGAUAACAACAUACAGAAGCAGCUGGGGAAAGCUGAACUUGACCUCUGGGAGAGAUCAGGAGUGGCCACAUGUGUCUGAUAAUAAAGACAUCGUCCUUUCCCUGGA